GUCGUAUAUUAACUUUUUCAGCCCGGACGAGUUUUGAGGGUGCACUGUUAUGAGCUUGAGUGACCAGUGACAGCCGGUGGGAGUGCGCUCUGAACUGUUGUUACUGAACCGUCUCCCCAGGUGUCGGGAAGCAGAUGACUGGGGUGCUCUACUAUUGUAAGGCCAUGAAUGAUCAGCCAUGGACCAGAUCACUUUUCACUAUGACACCGUGCUGUCUGAUGUUCACAUGUUCCUGCCUAAUGCACGCCAUCUUAUGACACGCCUCAACCAUGUUGGACAGCCUGUCUUCAUCUCCAAAUUCAAGAUCUUAUCAGAUGUGGAAAGACAUGACAACAAUGACCCGGGGAAAAGUUUAGAGGAGGAGGAGAAGAAAUGCACAAACCUAAAGGAAGAGCAGGAAAAAGACACAAAUACCAGCCAAGACAAUGUUGGAGAGGAAGGUGGGGAAGGAAACGUGGAACCGUGCUUGGAUGAGGACGGGGACCUCGACAUCACACAUCGACCGAGGAAAAACCCUGUGGAGGGCGGCGGCAGAGACUUGGUCUGUCCCAUCAUUCUCAAACAGCUCAACCCUGUACUGGAACAAGAGGAGGAGAAUACAGAUGAUGAGGAUGAUACAUGCUUCAAAGACAUUAUAAGGAUUGAGCACACUAUGGCCACACCCCUGGAAGAUGUCGGCAAACAGGUGUGGCGAGGGGCGUUCCUCUUGGCUGACUUCAUUCUCUCUAAGCCAGAGAUGUUCAGAGGAGCUACAGUGCUGGAGCUAGGAGCAGGAACAGGCUUAACCAGCAUCAUUAUGGCAACCACAGCCAAAACAGUGUACUGCACAGAUGUGGGAGAAGACCUUCUAAGCAUGUGCAAGAGAAAUGUAGCGUUAAACAGACACAUGACGGAGCCUGCAGGUGGUGAGGUGAGAGUGAGACAGUUGGACUGGCUCCAACAUGAUCUCUGUGCAGAUCCUGAUGUGGAAUUUAGCUGGGCAGAGGAGGAAGUAGCAGAUAUGUAUGACAACACCAGCUUCAUCAUUGCUGCUGAUGUUUGCUAUGAUGAUGACCUGACAGAUGGCCUUUUCCGAACACUGUACCGACUCUGCAGUAACUUUACUCACACCAGCUCCAUCUUCAUCUCCAUAGAGAAAAGGAUGAACUUCACCCUGCGACACAUGGAUGUUUCCUGUGAGGCUUACAACCAUUUUAGGCACUGUCUGUCCCAGCUCCAGGACCAGGUGGAUGGACGGUGCAGCUUUAGAGUGGAGCAGCUCCCUUCUAACUUUGCACAGUUUCUUCUCUAUGAACGCAUAGAGCAACUGGAGCUGUGGAAGGUGACCGCCACUCCACUCCCAUUUGACAAAGCCCAGCCUGAUUCACAGCUGCCUCCAUCUUAACCCGGACUCACAUCAGAGCAGUGUAACACUGUGCUCUCCCCAGAGCUGAGCACACAAUGCUGCAUCACGUUUCCAACUUAAAAUGAAACAGGCAUUUUGACAGAUAGAGUUCAUCACUAAUUCAGUGCAUGAAUAUAGCAUUAUUUAUUGUUCAAUUUGAUUCAUGCAUGACAUGACUAUGAUGGAAGUACUCUGACUUUAUUAAUGGAAGUCAACCAGAGCUGUGUGUCUGUACAUUAUGACAAAUAAAACUUUACCAUAUACUGAGUA